ACACUCCUGAUCAGCUGAUACCUUGCGGUCUCCAUUCGUCUUUGCACGUUGAAGGACGUAGUGUACGUUUUACCUCUUUAUAUUUUUGGAUUAGUUUCUUGAACAAGGUGUCACCAUGGGGCUCAUAGGACAUCAAUUACUGAGGUCGUACCCUCUAUUGCAGGCCUUUGCCAAAGCCGGCAUGGCAAACAGGUUGUUGGUCCAGAACGUGCGGUGCAUCACUGUUAUUCACGGUGACAUUAACAAACUCUCAGUUAAAGUAAAGAAGUUUGUUGAAGAUGGAGUAAGUUUGUGUAAGCCAGACAACAUACACAUCGUUGAUGGCAGUGAUGCAGAGAAUGAACACAUCAUAGACAUCAUGACAAAAGCUGGCAUGGUCAAGAAACUGAAGAAAUAUGAAAACUGCUGGCUAACCCUUACAGACCCAGCCGAUGUGGCCCGUGUUGAGAGCAAAACCUUUGUAGUGACACCUGCACAGCGUGCCACCGUACCCAUCCCCAAGGAAGGAGUGAAAGGAACCGUCGGAAACUGGAUGUCUCCCGAGAAUUGGGAGAAGGAGCAUGGAGAGCGAUUCCCCGGAUGCAUGAAAGGUCGCACAAUGUAUGUGGUUCCGUUCAGCAUGGGCCCCAUCGGCUCUCCGCUGGCAAAGGUAGGCGUGCAGCUGACAGACACCCCGUACGUCGUCGCGUCUAUGCGCAUCAUGACGCGAAUGGGAGAGAAGGCUCUUCAGGGUCUCGGGGACUCAGACUUUGUCAAGUGCCUGCACUCUGUUGGACAGCCCCUACCCAUGAGCACGAACUUGGUGAACAAUUGGCCAUGCAACCCGGCAAAGACCAUAGUUUCACAUAUUCCUGCGAAAAAUGAGAUCUCGUCGUUUGGCAGUGGCUACGGUGGCAACUCACUGCUCGGCAAGAAAUGCAUCUCCCUACGUCUUGGCUCCAUCAUUGCACGCGACGAGGGCUGGUUGGCCGAGCACAUGCUGAUUCUCGGCAUCACGAACCCGAAGGGCGUGAAGAAGUACGUCGCGGCGGCGUUCCCGAGCGCGUGCGGCAAGACGAACCUCGCCAUGAUGGAGCCAUCAAUGCCUGGCUUCAAGGUAGAGUGCGUCGGCGACGACAUCGCCUGGAUGAAGUUUGACGGUGAGGGCCGGCUGCGCGCCAUCAACCCAGAAGCAGGCUUCUUCGGCGUCGCACCAGGAACGUCGCUCGACACAAACCCAAACGCGAUGUACACGAUCGAGAAGAACACGAUCUUUACGAACGUCGCCGAGACAAACGAUGGCGGCGUCUACUGGGAGGGCCUUGAAAAGUUCACGCCGUCUGACGCUACGAUCACGGACUGGCACGGCAAGCCGUGGUCGCGCGACAGCGGCAAGCCAUCGGCGCACCCUAACUCACGAUUUUGCACGCCGGCACGCCAGUGCCCUGUCAUCGACCCCGCAUGGGAGGACCCAAAAGGCGUGCCGAUUGACGCGAUCAUAUUUGGCGGCCGGCGGCCCGAGGGCGUACCGCUUGUCUACGAGGCUUUUAACUGGCAGCACGGUGUCUUCCUUGGCGCCGCUGUCAAAUCGGAGGCGACGGCGGCCGCCGAGCACAAGGGCAAGGUAAUCAUGCAUGACCCAUUCGCGAUGCGGCCAUUCUUUGGCUACAACUUCGGCCACUACAUGAAGCACUGGCUGUCAAUGGAGAGUCGCGGCCAGACGCCGAAGAUUUUCCAUGUCAACUGGUUCCGCAAGAACGAUGCCGGCAAGUUCAUGUGGCCAGGUUUCGGCGAAAACUCGCGCGUCCUCGACUGGAUCAUUCGCCGCUGCUCGGGCGAGGAUAUCGCUAUGGAGACGCCAAUCGGCUACGUGCCCAAGCCGGGUACAAUCGACAUGAGCAGCCUGAAGGACGACGUCGACAUGGAGGGCCUCUUCACGCUGCCUAAGAAAUUCUGGCAGGCUGAGGUCGCUGAGCUGAGGAACUACUUUGAGGAGCAGGUCAAUGACGACAUGCCCGUUGAGAUGAACAACCAGCUGAAUUCGCUCGCUGAGCGCAUCUCUAAGAUGUAGCGCGGCCACGUCCGCGUGCGGUGUUGCCAUUUAUGUAUAUAUAUAUAUGUAUGCAGCUAGAGCGAAAAUGCUACGAUUGAGCGUGAAAGCGAAACAUAGUACGCGCACACAGAUCUAAUCUGUCACACACCGGUUUUUGCCAAAUUGAAGGUGUUAAUAUUUCACCAGCCUGUGAUUUAAUUUUCUUGCUACUUCAGAAGAGCUUUGUUGUUGUAAGAGUUUGUGUUUAUUUUGAUCAUCUUGUUGAAUGUGGUAACUGCAAACACACAGUUGAAUUUGUCAGUGAUAAAGAGUAAAAUACGGAGCUCCCUCCUACCUGGUGAGGAAUCGAUGACGCAUUCCUUUAUUGUGAUACCAUUGUGCAAAAUAAUGUCAUUGUGCUCCAAAUGUUAACAGUUCUGUUAUAGAAGUAAAUGGCAGUGAUAACAGAGCUGAUUACCCAGACAGUUGGUUACAUAACCUGUGAUGUAACAUACACUACCAGAAACAAAUACUGGCACACAAUCUUUUUAUAUCACACUAACCAUAUAUAUUUCUUGUACCAGUAUUAUACCAUUUUAUUACCCUUAUUCGCUCCACCUGAAAAUGUUGUGUAUGUUUGUACGUGUGUAAAUUGCCCCCAACAAUUAUCGCAUAUCAGGAAUACUUUUUCCUCGGGAUGAUUUGUAUACUGGUACCACUUGGAUCAUUUUUGGAAUGUAUGUGGGUACUCUUGAGAUGAUACUAGCAAUUAAACACUGGCUAUUAGUCGUCUGAUGCACGUGCUCGCCUGCCGGCGCCAUGAUGACUUGUAGCUAGGUAGGUGGUGCAGUAGUGUACUCCUGUUUCCCUUUAUCCAUGAAAUCGGUAAGAGAUUGGAAAAUCUUCGAAUGUUCAUUGACGCCCUGCGUUCUCAGGUGAAAGCAGGGAAUGGGAUAUAUGCAUAAUUAGGUGUUGAUUAGUAGUGUACAUUGUAGAUUAGGGAUCAGUCGACGAGGGUUGCUGGUUUUGUGGCAAUUGGAGUUGAUACAAAAUAUAGUUUAUUAGUCCUAAUCAGGGAACUGAGACGUCAUCUCACUAGAACAUUCCUCGUCUUACUUUAUUGGUAGUACCUUUAUUAGUUAUCUUCACACAUAUUUAGUCGUAUUUGAGAUCAUAUUUGUCGUGUGUGUUUGAGCUUUUGGCGUGUUAGGUUGAAAUGCACGAGUACUUUUUAUCUUGCGUAAAUGGCAACAGGGCAACCUAAUAGGUUGUGAUCGUCGCUGGACCGUUUUAUGGGGCCAUCUUGAAGGCUGCAUGCUGACACGUCUGUUCCUGAAGAGAUAUGCAUAUGCCUAAACCUUACUUGGCUCGACACUUAAUCAUGUGGAAGAAUUACCCUGCCUACUUGGAACUAUAUUCUUGAUGGAAAUUAAUACUGUUGAAAGGUGACCCACCAUACCAGGGUGGGUGAAUAUAGUUAAGCGUUACCAUUAUCACAUCGAAUGUGCCAAUCAUGACACACGUGGGCGAAUCAUUGUUUAUCAGUGCCUUUAAAAUAAAUCCCACUCUCGGUCUACAGUA